GCACAAAGAACAAGACUCAUAAAUAUCUCAGCUUUUCUCCAUUUCAUCAUACUUACAUACUCAAUACUAACAAACUUUACCUUCCUCUAUUCAGCCGCACACUGCAUCUGACAUGUCAGCAUCUCCAGAACCCUUUACUCUCUUUCACAAGUUCCCCCCAGAGCUCAAACUCGAGAUCCUAAACUUCUGCUCCAGAAACGACCUAGUCUGCCUCUCAUUAACUGGCCCUGAUAUGCGAAAUCUCGUCACACCACUCAUCCCUAGCAAACCUAAUCUCACCUGGGUCGAUCAACUUGGUCCAACCCCCGACGUCCCUUCAGAAUGCCGAGAUCCUUAUCACAACAACAUUCCCCGCCGGUCAGAUUGCGACGGCGCUAGAGAGCAACAAGUUAUCUACUUCCCAACCGGCCAUCGCUUCAGACGCCAUGAAUACAGAGGCUGCAAAGUCUGUUACAGAUGUCGAAUGUACCCAACCGAUCACCCAGUCUGCAACGUUUCAUACUGCAAGAAACAUUGCGCAUGCAUUUCAUGUCCUUUGUUCAUGAGAUUGCGGGGUUGGAUGGGCGAUCGAAAGUACUGUGCGGAGUGCAACCAGUUUACAACUCGAACAAAGAGAAACAACGGGAGAUGCACUCACGGGCGGAAAAAGGUGCGAAAAACACCAAACAAUCAUUGGAGUCGUAGCAAAGGAUUAUCCUACGGAAAUCGAUGGUGGAGAAAAUGGGGUACACAUGGGAUUGACCACGAGGCAUACCAGCCCAAAGACACCAGAAGACGAAACGCAAGAGUCGUUUAACCGCGUCAUUUCAAGCGAGAUCCUAUUCUACUCUCUUGAUGUAUACCAAGACGCUAGGCGGGAUGCUACGUGGGCGCAUGGGGUAGCCUCCACCAUUGAGCGGCGUGCUCGGGACGUUCGGCAUAGCCAAGGAAGGAUCAUGGCACCAGGGGGAUCUAAUUGGACGGUGACGGUUUUAUAAUUUCCUGCUUAUUGCCAUUGCUUGCUGUGGUGCGUUGAAGUGUGCUGACGCCAAGUAGUGAACCGUCACUGUAUCAGUUGCCAAGAUAUGCGGAGAUUUGUUCCUGCUGUGGCGAUGCAGGAAUAAUAUAAUGUGAUGAGUUGUUUAUAUAUAAGGGAUUUCCCCUGAAAUAACUUAGCAUUUCGUUUAUGUUAUUUGUUAAACGUACGACAUGAACACUCUACGCCAAAUGAUCCCCCAGAUAUGGCCUCAAGGCUACAAACGGGUUGAUUCCAGCAGCAGUCUUGAAGAUGCUGUCACCCCCGAGAAGAAUGGUUCAAGCCUCCAGCUCUUCGCAAAACGCCUUCUUCGUCUCCCCCUCAAGACAAUUCUAAUCCUCAUCGCCGCUCUCCUCAUUUUCCCUGGCCUCCUAGCACUCACCUCCCUAAAGGGCCGCGCAUUCUUGGCCGGAGAGGUUGCGGCUGGCCAGGCCUAUGAGACGUACCCUCAGCAGGACAUUGCCAAGCUUCCUUCAAAGGAUCGACGGCUUAGUAUAGUCCUCCCUGCCAAUAACCCAGACCACGAUUUAUGCAAAGUCAUCACCAGUGCGUUGGCAUUAGGGUAUCCAGCUCCAGUUAUUGUGAACUGGGGUAAGACGUACGAUAAGUCUAAAGGUUGGAAGGGAGGGUCUCACCUUGCAAAGAUCACAGGUACUCUGGAGUAUCUGGAUAGCGUUUCGAAGGCCGACACUUCGGACGAGAAUAGACUUGAGGAGAAUGAUAUCGUUGUCCUGACGGAUUCGUAUGACGUUUGGUUCCAGCUUCCGCCAGGCGUCCUCCUCAAGCGAUAUCACGAAGCAAACCGUCAAGCUAACCAACGACUGGCGUCACAAUGGAACCGUCGAGGCAAACCUCCAAUGGAACAGACCAUCAUCGUUUCAGCCCAGAAGAAAUGCUUCCCUCCGCAAUCAUCAGGCUCCGUCCUCCACUGCGAUCAGCUCCCCGAAAGCCCAGCUCGUAAAGACCUCUACGGACCGAAUACCGACAAAGACCCCAACUUAUUCCAUGAUGUACGACCGAAAUAUCUCAAUAGCGGGAGCAUGAUUGGUCCUGUUGGAGAUAUGAGGAGGUACUUUCGUCGAGUGCAUGAGUGGAUGCAGAGAGGGUUGGUGAAUGGCAAAGACUUGUACAGCGAUCAAGGCAUAUUCGGUGAGAUCUUUGCGGAACAAGAAAUCUGGCGUCGCUGGCUUCGCAAGAAUACCGUGUCUCAAAAGGACAAGAGCUUCGAUGUUAUGCAUAGCGACUUUGAGUAUCAUGUCGGACUGGACUAUAUGCAGAAUCUGUUCAUUCCAACUGUCUUCGAGGAACAAGAUGGCGAGAUCAUUGCGCUGAAUAACAAGACUGGUAUUGCUGAAAAGUCAGUGUCUCUCGGCAUCGAGCCAAGACUAGACGGUGUGCCAGAAGAUAUGCAAUCUUCUACAAACCCACUGAACCAGGUCCUUCAGGAUCCAGCAGACUGGGGAGACAUGCCUGUGUACGCCGAUUUCUACUCCACUGCCAUUCCCGUGGUUGUUCACCACAACGCUCACAAGGAUGGAGCAAAGAAACGUCGCUAUCUCUGGUGGGAUAGGAUCUGGUUCUUUCCGUACCUUCGCCAACUCAUCAAGUCUCAACUGGAGGUCGUCGAAGCGGAGCCAUUACUGGAGAUUGCCGUCAACGGGGAACGAUUGGUGUACUGGGAGUCGCGGUCGAAUGUCACUCAGAAGAAGCCGAGAACGUUCAUUAUCGAUUCGGGGGAGGCCAGUAUCGUGGAGCGUGAGUUCGGGUACGUUUGUCGUGCAAAGACGGAAAAGGCGGAGGCGGAGAAGCCGUGGUACAAUGAGGUGUUUCGGGAUGGACAGGGAGAGCUGCAGAUAUAGACGAUGCUCUAGGCAAAUGAGCUUUUCGAUUAUCGCUUUCAGUUAUCAUUUUGUCUAAGCAAACAUAGAUGCCGAUGUAUUCGUUGAUUCAUGACGC